CAAACACAGAACCAGGAAACAGGAAUCACAUGAGUUCAGGAAAACUGAAACUGAAGUGUAGUUGAGCUGUUGUGUGUUUGUGUCUCUGUAUUCAUGCAGUAAAAUGGCAGAAGCCAGAUUUUCUCAGGAUGAGUUCCUGUGUCCAGUGUGUCUGGAUCUCCUGAAGGAUCCAGUGGCCAUUCCCUGUGGACACAGUUACUGUAAGAGCUGUAUUACAGGCUGCUGGGAUCAGGAGGAUCAGAUGAGAGUCUACAGCUGUCCUCAGUGCAGACAGACCUUCAGUCCAAGACCUGCUUUAGCUAAAAACACCAUGCUGGCUGAAGUGGUGGAGAAACUGAAGAAGAUUCCUGCUGACUGUUACGCUGGAGCUGGAGAUGUGCAGUGUGACGUCUGUACUGGAAGAAAACACAAAGCCGUCAAGUCCUGUCUGGUGUGUCUGAACUCUUACUGUCAGAAUCACCUUGAUCAACAUGAGAGUUGGUUUAAAGGAAAGAGACACAAUCUGACUGAUGCCACUGGACGACUGCAGGAGAUGAUCUGCCAGAAACACGACAAGAUCCUUGAGGUUUUCUGCCGCACUGAUCAGGAGUGUAUAUGUGUGCUGUGUAUAAUAGAUGAACAUAAAAACCACAACACUGUAUCAGCUGCAGCACAGAGGACAGAGAAACAGCACCAGCUGAAGGAGACGCAGAGGUCGUUCCAGCAGAAGAUCCAGCAGAGAGAGAAAGAUCUUCAGCAGCUGAGAGAGGCUGUGGAGUCUCAUAAGCGCUCUGCACAGACAGCAGUGGAGGACAGUGAGAGGAUCUUCACUGAGCUCAUCCGCUCCAUUGAGAGAAGCCGCUCUGAGGCCACACAGCGGAUCAGAGAUCAGGAAAAGACUGCAGUGAGUCGAGCUGAAGGACGACUGGAGCGACUGGAGCAGGAGAUCAAUGAUCUGAGGAGGAGAGACGCUGAGCUGGAGCAGCUUUCACACACACAGGAUCACAUCCAUUUCCUGCAGAGUUUCCAGUCUCUCUCAGCUCCUCCUGAAUCUACAGACGUAAAUGACGAUCCCUUCAGUUCUCUCUCCUCUUUUGAUGUUGUGAGAGAAUCUGUCCGUCGGCUGAAAGACAAACUGGAGGAUUUCUGCAAAGAGGAGCUCAAGAAGAUCUCUGACAGAGUCACUUUCACCAACAUUGUUCCCAGGACCAGGAACGACUUCCUACAAUAUUCCCAUCAGUUCACUCUGGAUCUGAACACAGUGAAUAAACUCCUCCGUCUGUCUGAGAGGAACAGAGUGAUUACUGGCACUUUCACAAAGCAGUUGUAUCCUGAUCAUCCAGACAGAUUUGAUGUGUGUCGUCAGGUGUUGUGUAGAGAGAGUGUGUGUGGACGCUGUUACUGGGAGAUUGAGUGGAGUGGUGGUGUGUCUAUAUCAGUGUCAUAUAAGAGCAUCAGCAGGAAGGGACGGCGUUAUGAGUGUUUGUUUGGAUAUAAUGAUCAGUCCUGGAGUUUGAUCUGCACUCCCUCCAGUUACUCAUUCAGACACAAUAACAUAAAGACUGAAGUCCCUGUAAAGCCCAUCAUCAUCAGUGGAAUAGAAAUGGAUGAAGAUUAUUUAGAGACUGAUCUCACUGUAGAGCCCAUCAUCAGUAGAAUAGGAGUGUAUGUGGAUCACAGUGCAGGAACUCUGUCCUUCUACAGCGUCUCUGGAGACACAAUGAUCCUCAUCCACACAGUCCAGACCACAUUCACUCAACCGCUCUAUCCUGGGUUUAGUGUUUAUUAUAAAUCAUCAGUGAAACUGUGCUGAUGAAUCAGAAUAGACUGUAAAGAGGCUCUACCCUUAUGGAACAAAAAUAUAUGGGAAUAUACUGCAAAAUGUAAUGCGAUAUAUUACAUAAUACAUUUCCAUAUAUGGGAAACUAGUGCUUAUAUUUUUCAACAUACUGCAAUAGGCAUUGACCAUGUAUUAUAAAUGAAGACAAAAAUAGCGUUACAUUCAUAAAGUUUUAUCCUUUAUUGUGUACAAAUAUUGCACAUACAUGUUCCCAUAUAAAUGUGAAUGUAUUGUACACAUAUAUACACACAUUCACAGAAUGAGUUACAAUCAGCGGUUACAACAGACUUCUAGUUCCCAGCAUGCUUUGCUUCUGACUGUUAAAGGAGAGUAAAUGUUAAAAUUAAGUGCUAUUUCAUGUGUUUUGCUCAAUAUUGAUAUAUCUGUUAGUGUUUAAAGUUGUAUUAUUUUGGAAUUUAAAAGGUUUUCUGGUAUGUGUGAGUUAUUGGGGUUAUCAUUGUGUUGAAGAGUAGAGCCUGUGGUUAGGCUGAUGAUUGGCUGAACACCAUUAAGACUAUAAUAACUUUACUUAAAAAGCAAUGGCUGUGCAUGUUAUAGCACAGUGACAGUCUGUUUGAUAGAAACUUUAGUACGUGCAGGUGUGCUUUUGUUAACUAACUUGAAAAUAUGAAACAUUUAAAAUGUAAAUAAUUAUAAAAUAUAAGAAAUGUUUUACCAUAUACAUGUUUAUACUGCAUGAGUAAAUAUAUCUGCAAUAUAUUAUGCAUGCAGUACCAUAUCUGAUCACAUAUAAAUCUAUAUAUUAUGAAGUAUAUUACUGAAUAUAAAAUUACAUACAUUAUGAUAUAUUAGUAAAUAUAUUAUCACAUAUUUUUCAAUAUAAGAAAAGCGGCAAUUCCUUAUGUAUUAUUCAAACUUUUUAGAUUUUUACUUUGAAUGCAUUGUUUCCCAAAGGUUUGAAUCAGGAAAUUGAUUAUAGUUUAUUUUAUUGAAAACAAUUUUUAUAUAUAUAUAUAUAUAUAUAUAUAUAUAUAUAUAUAUAUAUAUAUGAAUACUAAUGUGAAGCUUGUAUUUGUAUUUGUUUUUGUUUUGUUUUUAAGUCUGUGUAUGUAUAUGUAACCUGAAAACUGAUUUAAAGCUUGUUCCAUUGAGUUUGUUUUCUUUAGUUUGAUUCAUUGAACUUUUUCCUCGCCUCUUUCUCCCAUAAUCCUAUUAGGAAACGAUCUCUCAGUUAGUGGAGCCGCAGUGUGAGAUUGUUACUCUUGUUAUCUGAUGAAGGCUGAAACGUCAUGUCUUUUAAUUAAUAAAGUUUGAGCUCUGUAA